GUUCAUCAAUAUGGUAGCAAGUUUGCUGUUGUAACGAGUCUGACUAUGCUGCUAUACGCUCUAUUCACGGUAAAGACUACUUCUUGGAGAACGCGUUUCCGUAAAGAGGCCAACAAAGCAGAUAAUGACGCGGCGACCGUGGCGGUCGAUGCGCUUAUUAAUUAUGAAGCGGUAAAAUACUUUGGCAACGAAAAACUUGAAGUUGAGCGCUAUGAUAAAGCUCUCUCCAAAUACGAGAAAGCUUCAUUGAAAAUUGCUAGCUCCUUGUCGUUCUUGAACUCGGGACAAAACAUCAUUUUCAGCUCUGCUCUAACGGCUAUGAUGUAUUUGACUGCCGAAGGAGUUAUAUCAGGAAACCUUAGCGUCGGUGACGUCGUGAUGGUUAACCAACUCGUAUUUCAACUAUCAUUACCAUUGAAUUUCCUGGGGACUGUCUACAGAGAGUUAAAACAGAGCUUGAUUGACAUGGACCUGAUGUUUAACUUGCAAGCAACCCAAAUUAAAAUCGAGGAUAAACCAGGUACGAAAGAACUCGUUUUCAAGGGCGGUGAAAUUAGAUUUGAAGAUGUCGUCUUUGGCUAUCAUCCGGAUCGACCGAUUUUACACGGCAUCAGCUUUGUGGUGCCAAGAGGCAAGAAGAUAGCCGUAGUUGGACCCAGUGGGUGUGGCAAAUCGACGCUCCUUCGACUUCUUUUCCGAUUCUAUGAUCCGGAAUCCGGUAACAUUUAUAUCGACGGACAAAACAUAAAAGAUGUCAAACUUGAUUCGUUGCGUUCCUGUACCGGUGUUGUGCCUCAGGACACAGCACUAUUCAACAAUACGAUUUAUUACAACAUAGCCUAUGGCCGAAUAGCAGCAACUCGCGCUGAGGUUGAAGAGGCUGCCAAACGUGCGCAUAUUCACGAUGUCAUAAUGAGUCUUCCCGAUCAAUAUGAAACUCGAGUGGGGGAACGCGGACUAAUGGUCUCUGGUGGAGAGAAACAAAGAAUCGCGUUGGCGAGAGCAAUAUUAAAGAACUCGCCGAUCUGGUUUUUCGAUGAGGCGACUUCCGCAUUGGAUACUCAUACAGAACAGUCUUUGCUGUCGAAUAUUAAAAGCAUCCUGCACGAAAGUGAAAAGACUAGUAUAUUUGUUGCGCAUAGGUUGAGGUCUGUCGCUGAUGCUGAUGACAUUAUUGUCUUGAAGAAUGGACGAAUAACAGAACGAGGCACUCAUGACCAACUUCUUCAGCUUGAGGAUGGUGUUUAUAGAGACAUGUGGUUUACUCAGGAGUUAUCCGAACCUACGAUAGGAAGUGGUGGGGAAGAAGAUAAGAAGAAAGAAACUGGAUUUUGA